AUGGAAGAUUUCAGCGAUAUGUUGUUGUUUACACUUGGGAGGAGGAACAUGACUGUUGAAGACAGGAUCAGCAAGUUACCUGAUGAUCUUCUCCUUAAAAUCAUGUCUCUCUUAAACACCAAGCAGGCGGUUCAAACCUGUGUUUUGUCCAAGAGAUGGAAGCCCCUCUGGCAAUCCCUUCCAAACCUUGACUUCGAUUUCGAUGCUUUCCCUUUCCAAAAGGAAAUAGAUGACGAAGACAAAGAGGAGGUAGAGAUGAAGAUGUGUUCUUUCAGCAAUUUCAUCAGCCAAGUCCUUUUCCGGCGUUGCCCCACUGACCUUGUCAAGGUUUGUGUCCAAUCCCAUAUCUAUGACCCGCACUGUUUUCUCGUGGACGGAUUGAUUUGUUAUGCUGUUAAACACAAUGUCCAACAACUCACCUUCCAUUCCCGCUCUGAUUGCCAAUAUUUAUUGCCCGAGAGCUUCUGGACUUGUCAAUCAUUGACAUCACUCGAGUUGAAAGGUAGUGAUUGGAUGCCCAUGAAACUACCCACAUUGCUGGCUUGUCCAGCUCUUAAGUCUUUGCAUCUUUCUCAUUUCUUUGCGGCUGGACCAAACUUUGAACCAACGGCUUUCUCAGGAUGCCCAAAUCUUGAAACUAUGCAACUUUUUGAUAUUUUGACGGUGGGUAGUGAAGGUUUAUGUAUUGAUGCUCUUAAGCUGACGAGCUUGGUACUUUCAUUUGCAUCUCUUCGUCACAGCAAGGUUGAGAUUUAUGCUCCCCAACUCACAACUUUUAAGUAUUCUGGUAUUCCUCCCAUAGUGUGCUUAACGGAUCACCUUGCAUCUGUGGAUGAUGUAUAUUUUGAUAUGAAGACACCCGGAUUUAAACGCAACGAAGAAGAGUCUGUUCUUCUUUUGAUCAAAAGCUUUAACGAGUUUCGUCAUGCAAAAUCUUUAACAUUAUCAUCAUCAACAGUGCAGAUGGAAGAUUUCAGCGAUAUGUUGCUGUUAACACUUGGGAGGAGGAACAUGACUGUUGAAGACAGGAUCAGCAAGUUACCUGAUGAUCUUCUCCUUAAAAUCAUGUCUCUCUUAAACACCAAGCAGGCGGUUCAAACCUGUGUUUUGUCCAAGAGAUGGAAGCCCCUCUGGCAAUCCCUUCCAAACCUUGACUUCGAUUUCGAUACUUUCCCUUUCCAACAGGAAAUAGAUGACGAAGACAAAGAGGAGGUAGAGAUGAAGAUGUGUUCUUUCAGCAAUUUCAUCAGCCAAGUCCUUUUCCGGCGUUGCCCCACUGACCUUGUCAAGGUUUGUGUCCAAUCCCAUAUCUAUGACCCGCACUGUUUUCUCGUAGACGGAUUGCUUUGCUAUGCUGUUAAACACAAUGUCCAACAACUCACCUUCCAUUCCCGCUCUGAUUGCCAAUAUUUAUUGCCCGAGAGCUUCUGGACUUGUCAAUCAUUGACAUCACUCGAGUUGAAAGGUAGUGAUUGGAUGCCCGUGAAACUACCCACAUUACUGGCUUGUCCAGCUCUUAAGUCUUUGCAUCUUUCUCAUUUCUCUGCGGCUGGACCAAACUUUGAACCAACGGCUUUCUCAGGAUGCCCAAAUCUUGAAACUUUGCAACUUUUUGAUAUUUUGACGGUGGGUAGUGAAGGUUUAUGUAUUGAUGCUCUUAAGCUGACGAGCUUGGUACUUUCAUUUGCAUUUCUUCGUCACGGCAAGGUUGAGAUUUAUGCUCCCCGACUCACAACUUUUAAGUAUUCUGGUAUUCCUCCCAUAGUGUGCUUAACAGAUCACCUUGCAUCUGUCGAUGAUGUAUAUUUUGAUAUAAAGACACCCGGAUUUAAACGCAAUGAAGAAGAGUCUGUUCUUCAUUUGAUCAAAACCCUUAAUGAGUUUCGUCAUGCAAAAUCUUUAACAUUAUCAUCGUCAACAGUGCAGAGUGAUUUGCAACGCUUUCUCUCCAUCACACGUGUGUAA